AACGUGCAUCGCUUCUCAUCUCUCUGCUUUGGCCAUUAUAUAUAUUUAUAUUUUAUAGUCAUAAACAGCUUUACAAAAUUAUAAGGGUGCAUAGCGCACCGAUAAUGAUGAUAAUGUAAACGUACUUCUGCUCCUCAAGGACUGCUUUAUUACGAAAUAAAACUAUGUUGAAUAAACUGUCACGCCUGCAAACCCAUCAUUCCAUCUAAGUCUGUGCAAGUAAUUACGAAGUAGAAUAAUGACGACAUUUCCUGGAAAUCCAAAAAGCGAAAUCUUCAGUAUCGAAACGGAAAAUAGCCAUAACGUUCUAACGAUCAUGCAUAGAAAUGUUCCCAGAUUUGACUCUGGCAGUGUUAGCUAUUAUGUAUUAUGAUAUACUAUAUUAUAAUAAUUUUAACUUCUUUUAGAAAUGCUGAGUUCUUACUGACGGAAUUUUCAUUAACAAUGCUAAUCAGAAAUAUUAACAAUACUAAGUAUUUCAUAUUGUUUAUAGAAAAGCCUUAGCUAUCUCAAUUGAAUUGAACAAGCAUUGUUUCAGAUGAUCUACUUGUUCGAAUGAUAUAUUUUCUAUAUUACUUUAUGCAAACUAAGAGUGCAACCUCCACAUUAGUUAUCCUGAAUAAGGCAUCUAGGCCACAUGACUUAUGGUGGAUGGUGGAUCUGUCCAGACUAGACUUCGAGUAUUACCUUCCCAUCUUUUGUGAUGCUCUAUCUGAUACUGAAUAUCCGUUCAAUAUCCUGGCGAGAGACGGAGCCAUUGAACUUCUGGAGGCUGCUGGAGAUAGAGUGUUGAGAGUUCUGCCUGAAGUAGUUAGUGGUAUAAAAAAAGCUAUCAAUACGGAAAUCCCCGAAAUCAUGAUGAAUGCUUGUUCUGUUAUUCAAAAACUGGCAACAGUGUCACCCCUUGUUGGAACAGCUCUAAUAAAGUAUUACAGAGUGCUGCUGAUUCCCUUUUUCAGCAAAUACAAGACAGUUCGAUCUGGUUUCAAAGAAGGUGAGAUAGACUAUGGUCAAAGGAAGCGGAACCUUGGCACAGUUAUAGAUGAAACAUUGGACCUUUUGGACAGAACUGGCGGCCAGGAUGCUUACGUUGAGAUUAAAUACGCGGUUCCAACAUUCGAGUCUGUCUACCAUAAUGCAUAAGUCUGAAUACCUCUGAAAAAUGUAAUAAUAAAAGAACAAUUGAUUAAAUAUCAGAUGUCUUAAACUACAAAUAAAAUAUUAAAUAAAUAAAAUUAUUUUGCUAUGGA